AUGGCGAGAUUUGACCUUGCGGGGGUUCAAACGCUCAUGGAAGAGGCGGUAGAAGAAGAGAGGACACGAUUCCAGGCGAUGAUAGAGACUAUGGAAGAAGAAAGGAUGAAAGACAGGCAACUUAUCGGGGAGCUUAGAGAUGAGAUAGAUUCGUUGAAAGCAGAAUUGCAGCAGAUCGAUGAGAGGCAUCAGAGGGAAAUGUCCGCACAGCUGAAAAGACAAGAAGCAUACUACAACAACCUGCACUCGCGCAUGUUGGAUGAUGCAAGGAACGACGGCCUUUUGACGCACGAUAGCCUUGACUUCGAAACGAAGCUGCUCGAGAAGUUACAGGCUGUCGAUCGAGAGAUGAAUUACUUGAAGCUUGUGGCCGAAACUGCGAGGAAUGAGCUGAAAGUGGAGAGAGAUUCACGAAAUAAGGAGUUAGAACAGGUGAAGAAUCAGGCAGAUCAGGCAUUACAAGCCGCCAUUGAAGAGGCGAACGAGAAACAUUCGACCCGGAUGCGAAAGAAGGAGGAGGAGUACCUUGCGGCCGUAAAGCGAUGCGAUGCACUGAAUAGGAGACUGGAGAACUCUGACAAGGAGAUUUCCAUGUUAGCGCAAAUGCUGCGAGAAGAGAAGGGCAAAGUCAAGAUAGUUUACCAGCAAGUCAACUGCAACUUAUGCGGAAAAAUCAAUGACUUCAUCAACAAGUCAGAAUCAGAGGAAGGAAAGAAAAUGUGA